AUGGCAUCUCCUGUCCAGACAAAAGAAGAUGACAUCUCAUCCCUGAUCCUAGCGUCUCUGUCGCUGACCAGGUACGCUUGUUCCUCGUUGACGCAGCUGAGUGGUGGGAGCAUCAAUUUUCUGUUCCGCGGCACUCUCCUCGAUGCCCUCGCGUCGGUUGAAGAUGCCGGCGGCCAUGCGUUGACAGAAACAAGCGAGACGGUUAUCCUCAAGUAUUCCACGGCGUUUCUGUCGGUGAAUCCCGAUUUCCCCAUUGACAUCUCGCGCUCUUUCUCUGAAGAGGCUAUGCUGCGCGCCUUGGAGAGUUUCCACCCCCAAGCCAGCAGCCGAAGUCUGGCAGGCACAGAUAUGCAAGUCAAAACGCCGCACUUGUAUCUCUUUACUGGUGGAAACAGCAUUAUUCAAGUCCACCAAGACCUGUCACCGUCGAGAGACUUCAAGUCGAUUCUCCUCACGGCGGCUGGCCAGGACACGGAUCAGUCCUUUCACGUUUUCGCGCGGAAUACUGGCGCCGCGUUAGGAUCCUGGCUCAAGGCCUUCCACGAAUGGGUCGACGAGCCUACACGGCGUGCCCUCUGCAAUGCCAUUGAGCGGAAUUCCGGUCCCAUGAGGAAACUCAAGUAUGACACGAGCUACGACACGUUCAUCCCGGUUCUCGAGAAAUUCCCAGAAAUCCUGGACCAUGGCACGAGGGAAGACCUACAACGCGUCAAGGAUAUAGCGACAAGAGAGUUCGAGAAACCACUGGCUGGUAGCGAACAUCUGGAAGCAAGUUGGGGACUGGUGCAUGGUGAUUUCUGGACCGGGAAUGUCUUGGUGCCCGAACAUGCAUCCUCCCCGCUGCAGGAUGAGAUUUUUGUCAUCGACUGGGAGCUGGCUCAGCCAGGCCAUCGAGCGUACGAUCUUGGCCAGAUGGUUGGCGACUUAUACGAGCGGAAGCACUUCAAGGGCGUUGAGAGCGCCUUUGAAGCCCUGCAAGGCUUUGCCAGUGGAUAUGGUGGCAUGACCGACGAGCUGGCCUUUCGAACAGCCAUCCAUGCCGGCGUCCAUCUGAUCCACUGGUAUAACCGUCGGGCGCCAACAGCGCCACUGGACGCCCCGCCGGACAAGGUCCUGGAAGCUAUGACGACGGCCAGGGACUGGAUUCUCAGGGGCUACGAGAGAGAUAGGAUCUGGUUUCAGACUAGUGCACUCAGUUGUCUUUGGGAACAUUUGUGA